AUGGAAGCUGAAGAGGAAGGGGCAAAAAAACUGUCAGAAGUAAACUUUGAAAACUUACCUCCCAACUACCAUAAUGAGUCCAACACGGAAACCAGAAUUGGUAAUAAAACUGUUCAGACUCAUCAAGAAAUUGAUAAGGUUACAGAUAACAAAACUGGAUCAACAGUUUUUUCUGAGACAGUUAUUACAUCUAUAAAAGAUGGAGAAAACAAACGAAAUCAUGAGUGUAUCAUUGACGAAGAUUGUGAAACAGGGAAAUAUUGCCAGUUCUCCACCUUUGAAUACAAGUGUCAGCUCUGUAAAACCCAGCAUACGCAUUGCUCGCGGGAUGUUGAAUGCUGCGGAGACCAGCUUUGCGUUUGGGGCGAGUGCAGGAAAUCCACUUCAAAAGGAGAGAACGGCACCAUUUGUGAGAGCCAACAUGACUGCAACCCUGGAAUGUGCUGUGCUUUUCAGAAAGAGCUACUGUUUCCUGUGUGUACUCCGUUACCUGAAGAAGGUGAACCCUGCCACGAUCCUUCAAACCGUCUUCUCAACCUGAUCACCUGGGAACUGGAACCUGAUGGAGUACUUGAGCGAUGCCCAUGUGCAAGUGGCUUGAUCUGCCAGCCUCAGAGCCACAGCACUACAUCUGUGUGUGAACUGUCCGCCAACGAAACCAGGAAUAAUGAAAAAGAAGAUCCCUUAAUGACGGAUGAGAUGCCAUUUCUCAGCUUGAUACCCAGAGAUAUUCUUUCUGAUUAUGAAGAAAGCAGUGUCAUUCAGGAAGUGCGUAAGGAAUUAGAAAGUCUGGAGGACCAAGCAGGUUUGAAGCCUGAGCCUGACUCAGCUCAAGACCUGGUUUUGGGAGAUGAAAUUUAA